AAUGACAUAGGUUAGGAUCUACGAAGUUUCAGCAGGAGGGGUUCAAGAAUUAUAAGAUGAGAACGGGGAUGUUGGAAUGAAUAAUGGAAACUAGUGGAUAUGGCAAGCUCAAAAAACCUGACGUCUACAACGCAUUUGGUCGCGUCAGUUAAGACCAAAUCGAAGUCGAGAGCAACGCAGCCGCAAUGGACAAUUCACGACGACGAUUCGGUCUUGAAGGAAACAGGAUACGAGUUGAUCAAGAAGAUUGGUCAUGGAUCCUUCGCAAAAGUUUGGAAAGCUAAAUCGUUCAGGUUGAAGAAAGACGUCGCCAUAAAGAUCAUCGCAAAACCUCUGGCGUCAACAGAAUACGUCGAAAGAUUUCUUCCAAGAGAGCUUGCCAUCAUCCAGAAACUGAAGCACAAGAACCUCAUCAGAUUUUUCGAAGUUAUUGAAACAUGGCACAGCGUGUACAUCGUCAUGGAACUGGCAGAGAAAGGUACAAUUGCCGAUCUGAUCGAGAGAAAAAAAUUCAUUCCUGAACAGCAAGCCAGAAGGUUCUACAGUCAACUUCUUGAUGUCGUAGAAUAUUGUCACUUGAAUGGUAUCGUUCACAGGGAUAUAAAAUGCGAAAACUUGCUCUUGGACCGGGAGUGUAACCUACUGCUGACAGAUUUCGGGUUCGCUAAGCAAGACGUGUACCCCCUGGCAAGCGGGAGGUUCAAGCCCUCCAAGACCUACUGCGGCAGCUACGCCUACGCUCCUCCAGAAGUCCUGGCCAACAAGCCGUACAACCCGUGCCUCGCGGACGUAUGGUGCAUGGGUAUGGUUCUGUUCACCAUGCUCUACGGGAUCUUGCCUUACAAGCACCAGAACAUGAAAGCUCUCAUAGCUGCAAAGAAGAAGCCGCCACAGUUUCCUGACUCUCCAUUCGUUAGCUCCAGGGCAAAGAGGUUCAUGUUACUGAUGUUGGCGACAGAAGCAGAACGGGCAGAGAUAAUUACGCUGAGGAAGAACCAAUGGCUGAACGUCCAUAAGCAACCAGCUGCUGUGAAACGAUUCACAUGGCUCCCAGGAGUGAAACCUAACGCCAUUGAUGAAGCAACAACCACUGUCCUCAACCGAUGCGUUCCAGAAUCGUCUGCUGAUAUCGUCGUAGGCCAUAAAAUCAAAGACAAGUCAGUGACAGCUAACCUCUCCGGCCUGAUGGAGAACAGGAUCUCGAUCGAGCAGUCCCGCUGCAGCACUUCCAAUUCGGAAGUUACCGUCCUGACGAGCGAUAUGCCCCUAAGAAACGAUAUUAGCGAGGAUCAAUGACACCCUUCCCUGAAUAAGAAAUCCUAAAUAAAUAUUUUAUCUAAACAUCUA